CUUAUUGCGAUGAGUUACUUGUUGCAAAUACUGAUGAAGUAGAUUAUUUUAUAUUUUUAUUUAUCGAAAAAUGUCAGCAUUUGAAUCUAAAUAUAGUACCGGCGAUAAUGUGUGGAUUAAAAAUUCUUCGAACGGAGAAUUUGACAUUCCUGUGGGAUGUAAAAUUAUUUCGGCUGACAAACGAGGUCUUCAAGUUCAAGAUGACGAUGGAAAGAUAGAAACGAUUGAUAAUAAUCGAAUUUUAAAACGUAUGCAUCAUUCUUCAGUAAAUGGAGUUGAAGAUAUGAUAAAACUAGGAGAUCUUCAAGAAUAUGCUAUUUUGAAAAAUCUUCAUAUUCGAUACAACCAGAAUUUAAUUUAUACUUAUACGGGAAGUAUGUUAAUAGCAAUAAAUCCUUAUAAAAUAUUAAAUAUUUACACGCAAAAAGAAGUGGCAAAUUAUCGAUCAAAAAAUAUCGGAGAAAAACCACCUCAUAUAUUUGCAAUUGGUGACAAUUGCUUUAUGGAAAUGCGACGGUCACAAAAAAAUCAGUGUAUCGUAAUCAGUGGAGAAAGUGGGGCAGGAAAAACUGAAAGUACAAAAUUAAUUUUACAAUAUAUUGCGGCAAUAAGUGGCGAACAUUCAUGGAUUGAACAACAAAUUCUUGAAGCUAAUCCUAUUCUUGAAGCAUUCGGAAAUGCUAAAACUGUUCGUAAUGACAAUUCUUCACGAUUCGGAAAAUACAUUGACAUAAAAUUUUCAAAAAAUGGAUCAAUAGAAGGCGCAAAAAUCGAGCAAUAUCUUUUAGAAAAAUGCCGUUUAGUUUAUCAAGGACAAAAUGAGAGAAAUUAUCAUAUUUUUUAUUCAAUUUUAAUAGGACUAUCUAAAGAAGAAAAGAAAAAACUGAAUUUGGGUCUACCAGAAGACUAUAAAUAUUUAUGUGGCUCUUUGGAAUGUAAAGGGCGAAAUGACGCACAAGAAUUUGCUAAUGUAAAGGCAGCAAUGAAAGUCUUAAAUUUUAGCGAUGAUGAAUUUUGGAGCAUAAUAAAACUUUUAGCAGCUAUUUUGCAUCUUGGAAAUUUAAACUACAAGUCGGUAACGAUGGCGAACAUGGAUGCGAGUGAAAUAAUUGACGAUGCAACCAUUAAAAUGUUAAUUGAACUACUUGGUGUUAAUAAUGGAGCGUUGAAGGAAGCGCUUUCUCGAAAAACGAUUUUUGUCCAGGGAGAGCGUGUAAUUAGUAAUCUAUCGAAAGAUCAAGCUACAGAAGUAAGAGAUUCUUUUGUAAAAGCAGUUUAUGGAAGACUUUUUAUUUUUAUUGUCAGUAAAAUUAACGAUGCAAUAUUCAAGCCUAAAUCUAAUACCAAAAAUUCAAUCGGAGUGCUCGAUAUUUUUGGAUUCGAAAAUUUUACUCAUAACAGUUUUGAACAACUGUGUAUUAAUUAUGCAAACGAACAUUUACAGCAAUUUUUUGUGAAACAUAUUUUUAAAAUGGAACAGGAUUAUUACAAUCAAGAAGGGAUUUCAUGGAGUCAUAUUGAAUUUAAUGACAAUCAAAGCGUUCUUGAUUUAAUUGGAGUUAAAGCUGUUAAUGUAAUGGCACUCAUUGAUGAAGAAAGUAAAUUUCCGAAGGGAACUGAUGAAACUUUAUUGGCCAAAGUUCACCAAAUGCAUUCCAAUAACCAAAAUUAUGUAAAACCUAAAUCAGAUUCUAUAAAAGCUUUUGGAAUAAAGCAUUUUGCUGGAACAGUAACUUAUGAAAUAAAUGGAUUUCUUGAUAAAAACCGCGAUACAUUUUCAGCAGAUUUGAAGCAACUCAUCACUAUAUCAUCGAAUGAUUUUUUAAAAUUAAUAUUCAGCCACGAUUUAACCAUCGAAUCAGAUGGGAAGAAACGAGUUUCAUCAUUGUCUUCUGAAUUUCGUAAUUCGUUGGAUUUACUGAUGAAGACAUUGGAAAAUUGUAAUCCGUUUUUUAUUCGAUGUAUAAAACCAAAUGAAGAGCAAAAGCCAUUGUUGUUUGAUAGAUCUCUUUGCUGUCGACAACUAAGAUAUUCUGGAAUGAUGGAAACAGCAAAGAUCCGUCGGGCCGGUUAUCCGAUUCGUUACGAUUACCCGGAUUUUGUCAACAGGUUUCAUUGUUUAGCUAGAGGAGUACCUUCGAAAAUAUUAAAAACCACCGCUGCAAAUAUUUGUGCCAACACUUUGGGAGAAAAUAGUGACAAUUAUCAAUUUGGUCACACGAAAGUUUUUCUUAAGGAAGAAAAUGAGUUUAUUUUAGAACAACAGAGAGAUUUGGUGCUCGCUAAGAGUCUUGUUGUCAUCCAAAAAUACGUCAGAGCAUGGAUUUGUAGAAAAAAAUAUAUAAAGAUCAAAGGAGCAGUCAUAACAAUUCAACGAACUUGGAGAGGUUUUGGUCCGAGGAAGAAAUAUUUAACAAUGAAGAAAGGAUAUCAAAGACUACAAUCGUGCAUUAGAUCGCGGCAACUUGCUUAUGAUUUCCGACUAAAAAGAAAAAUUAUUAUAAAAUUACAAACUCGCUGCCGCGGUUAUCUUGCCCGAAGUCUUUUCAAAAAGAAAUCUCAGUGGCGCGAGAAGAAGUUGAAGGAAAUAACUGAUCUGAUUGCUGAAGACGAGAAGAAAUUGAAAGCAUCGGGAAAUAAAAUGUGGGAAGAAAUAGCAAAAAAUAAUUUUGAAAAACAAUUAAAAGAAUUACACGAAUCUUUAGUGAGUUUUGAUAAGGGCAGCGCUAAUUUGGAAACUGAAAAAGAGCCUGAGAGUAGUAUUGAUACAAUAUUCGAGUUCUUAGAAAAUGAACCAAAGGUUUCAUUGGCAAGAGAGUUACCUGCUGAUGUAUACGCGGAUUUAUCUGCGGUAAAAAAAAAGAACGAAGUUGUAGAGAAAAGUAUUCUUGAAAUCCCAGCUGAAGUUUUACCGAGUGUCGAUUUAUCAACUUAUCAUUUUAGUAAAUUUGCUGCAACGUUCUUUGCGUCGAACGUAACUCCACAUUAUUCUCGUAGAAUUUUAAAACAAUCUUUAUUAGAUUUGCCAAUAGCAGCUGAUCAAUUGUCAUCUCAGGCUUUGUGGAUAACUAUUUUAAGAUUUAUGGGUGAUCUUUCUGAGCCGAAAAAUCCUAUAGAUACUCCCGCCAAUAAAACAGUUAUGUCAACAGUCUCAGAAACAAUUUCCAAGAGUUUUAUUCGAUCAAAAGAGUACGAAAAUUUAGUGGACGCACAAUCUAAAAAGAACCAAAUUAUUCGUAUGACUUUGAAACGUCAAAGUAAAUUACACAAAGACUUUCGAAGAGGAAUCACAGAGGAUAUGCUUGUAGAUGAAACGUAUCAAGACUGGUUAAAUACUCGAAGUUCUAACUUAGACAAGCUGCACUUCAUUAUCGGACAUGGUAUUCUCCGUCCGAUAUUACGGGACGAAAUUUACUGUCAAAUUCUCAAACAAUUAACUAAAAACCCCAGUAAAUCAUCGCACGCUCGUGGGUGGGUUCUACUGUCUCUCUGUUUGGGUUGCUUUCCUCCAAGUGAGCAAUUUGUUAAUUAUCUUCGGGCGUUUAUCAACUCAGGACCACCAAACUAUGCUCCUUAUUGCGACCAGAGGCUCACUCGUACGUUUAAGAAUGGUGCAAGAACUCAGCCACCAAGUUGGCUUGAACUUCAGGCAACUAAAAAUAAAAAACCAAUCAAAUUGGAAAUAACAUUUAUGGAUGGAAGUUCCAGAAUUAUUGAAUGUGAUUCUGCUAGUACUGCUGAAGAAAUUAUUAAUACUCUUUCUAAAAGUAUUUUGUUAAUAGAAAUUUUUGGAUUUUCUCUGUUUAUAACUCUUUAUGACAAAGUACUGUCUCUUGGAGCUGGAAGAGAUCACGUGAUGGAUGCAAUAAGUCAAUGCGAACAGUAUGCAAGAGAACAAGGUCAAGCAGAACGUUCAGCGCCCUGGAGAUUAUUUUUAAGAAAAGAAAUUUUCGCUCCUUGGCAUGAUGCAGCUUUAGAUCCAGUUGCUACCGACUUGAUCUACCAUCAAAUCAUCCGCGGAUUAAAACACGGAGAAUAUAGAUGUUCUAGCGAGACAGAUAUUGCAAUGCUAGUUGCUCAACAAUUAUACAUCGAGUAUCAAACAAGUUUAACGCCCGAUAAUCUUAAAAAUACAAUGCAUCUUUAUAUACCCGAUCACUUACUUCAAAAUUCCGUCCCUGAAGCUUUGUCUAAGUGGCAGAAAUUAACCCUAGAAGCUUAUAGAAAAAUUUCAAAUGUUACUAAUGCACUUCCGAUAUUGAAAGUGAAAGAAGAAAUAGUUUAUUUUGCUAAGCAUACAUGGCCGAUUUUAUUCUCGAGAUUUUACGAAGCGACAAGAGUAUCUGGCCCAGAAUUUAAUGUUAAUGAUAUAAUAAUUGCUGUAAAUUGGACGGGAGUUUAUUUUGUCGAUGAUCAAGAGCAAAUGUUGCUUGAAUUAUCGUUUAUAGAAAUUGCCGAAGUAACUAUUCAAAAAUUUGAUAAUUCGGUAAUUAAUAAUUUUAUUAUCACCACAGUACAGAGAGAUGAAUACAUUUUCAAGAGCAUAGACGCCGAAGAUUUAGUAUCUUUAGUUAAUUAUCUGAUUGAUGGAUUAAAAGAAAGAUCGGUGUACGUUGUAACAACGCAAGAUUACAUGAAUGGAGUUCCUAGUUCAGAAGGGCAAUCGUAUUUGUCUUUACAGAGAGGCGACCUGGUUAAGCUUAGUGGAUGUACAGGACACAGCAUAAUGACUUCUACUUGGGGCUAUGGAGAGCGCAAUGGAAUUAAAGGAGAAUUUUUGUCAGAAUGUGUUUACGUAUUACCAACAAUCUCUGCGCCUUCAUCAACCCUAAUGGAAAUAUUUAAGAGCGAUUACACUACUAAGAAUACGUUAGUUAGAAAAGCAAAAAAGCAAUCUAAUUCGCGGGUAUACACUUUGAAGAAAUUCGCUCAAGAUAAUUUCCGACCGAGUUAUAACAUCACACUUUCAAAAAGAUCUAGUAUAUCUUCAGCAAAAAAAACCGUCCCGGAAAAUCUUUGGAAGCACACUCGUGCACCAAUAAAGGCUCCGCUUUUGAAGAAAGUGUGCGAAGAUAAAGAACUGUUUCCGUUGGCGUUGGAAAUAUUUACAAAUAUAUUGAGAUACAUGGGAGAUAUGCCGAGUAAUAGACAAAAAAUAGGCACAGAGUAUACGGAUGUUAUUUUUAAAUUAUCAUUAGAACAUGAUUAUUUAAGAGAUGAAGUAUACUGUCAAAUAAUACGGCAACUUACGGAGAAUAAAAUUUUUUUGAGUGAAGAAAGGGGGUGGGAAUUAAUGUGGCUUGCUACGGGGAUCAUGUCUUGCUCUGAAGUCGUUCAAAAAGAAGUAAUACAGUUUUUAAAUAGUUUCAAAAGUUCAAUAGCCAGCGACUGUUUAAAAAGAUUCAACACGAUUAUUAAAAUUGGUAAUAGAAAAUAUCCUCCGUAUAUUUUAGAAGUUGAAGCAAUAAGAUUUAAAAGCAUCAAAAUAUACCAUCGUAUUUACUUUCCAAAUAAUUCGGAUGAAGCUUUUGAAGUACACUCGUCAACACGUACUUCUGAUCUUUGUGAUGAGAUAAUAGAGCGGCUGCAGCUGAAAUACAGUGAUGGUUUUAGCUUAUUUGUUAAAGUUAUUGAUAAAGUAUUUUCUGUACCGAAUGAUUAUUACUUCUUUGAUUUUAUUAAUGAAAUUAUUCAGUGGAUAAAACAAUCUAAUCCAUCGGCUAAAUUAUCAACUAUUACGCAAGUACAGUAUCAAAUCUUGUUUAUGAAAAAAUUAUGGAUCAAUACACAUCCAGGACGUGAUAUGUAUGGCGAUGAAAUAUUCUAUUUUCAUCAAGAAUUACCAAAAUAUCUUCGUGGAUAUCAUAAAUGCAGUAAGCAAGAUGCUACUAAGUUAGCGGCAUUAAUUUAUCGAAGCAAAUAUGGUAAUAGUAAGAAAGAGUUAUCUGAAGUAUCGCUAAAAAUUAGUGAAUAUCUACCAGCGGAUUUGCUUCACGUGUACAGUGCAAGUGAUUGGAAGAAAAAUAUUACUUUAGCAUAUAAUACUAACUCAGGAAUCAAUGAAGCAAAUGCUAAAUUACUUUUUCUUCAGUAUAUCUAUCAGUGGCCGACAUUCGGAUCGGCAUUCUUUGAAGUAAAACAGUCUACAGAUGUAAAUUUGCCGGAAUUUUUGAUAAUAGCGAUUAAUAAAAAUGGUAUUAGUGCGAUUCAUCCUCAAACAAAAGAUAUUUUAAUAUUGUGGAGCUUUACCGAGCUUUCAAAUUGGUCAUCGGGCAAUACUUACUUCCAUAUGACUAUUGGUAAUUUUAUGAAGAGCCAAAAAAUUCUUUUGGAAACGGCUCAAGGUUAUAAAAUGGAUGAUUUAAUAUCGUCUUAUAUUUAUUAUUUUAAAUCUGUUUUUCAAAAUGAUUAAUUGUAUGAAAACAAAAAAAAAUUGAUAUUUUACUUGAGCUUUCUUAUAAAUGGAAAAAUUAUUUCA